AAGAUUGAUUGUUCUUUUUUCUGAAAAUGCUGUCUUCCACUUGUCUGAUGCUUGCGAAUCGUAUCGUGCCCCAUGUUUUUUCUGAAAUCUUCAAAUCCAAAUCCAAACAAGAUUGUUGAAUAAGAAGAAAAUCAUGCCAGCGUCGACAGGAGGCAGUACGAGGACCACCUCCUCUGGGGGAAGAGCUCCGCCAGCUGGCUCCGGGGUCCCGGGAGGCACUGCUUCUGUGAAUCCCACGACUUCUACCAUUAUGAAAGACUAUAGCUUCAACCAUUACGAAGAACUGUAGCACCAUGAUGAUAAUGAGCUUGUUCUAUUGAUAUUGUUCUCAUGAUAGAUACAUAGAUGACCUGUUGUUCUAUCUAGGAGGUUGAGUGUUUAGUAUGAGAACCUGAGCAGGUCUUCCUGCAAAGAACGUGUUGCGCUGUCUAGUGACUGGUCUAAUGAUGCUACAACUACCUUCGUUUCCGAUUCGUCAGGCAUUGAUUGGGCUGGAGUCUUUCUGGACUUAGCAAGCGGAAUUGUGCCGCCACCAGCAAGACUCUUCGAUCUGGCGAUCAUUUUGUUAUGGGAAUAUGUUGUGAUGGAAAAAGAUAUUGGGUGAUAAAGAUAAAUAAUUGAGAAUGUCCCGCCCCCAAGUCAGGAGCACCAAAAAGAUAACGAUGAACUGAGUCACGACGUGCUGCGCACGGUAAACAGACUGUGCAUGUGCCUUCGAAUCCAAAUUCAAAAUAUGGAUUCGCAGUAUAUAACUUCUCCAUCACGUCGUUGUGCUUCCUAUUCCUUGUUUAUCUUCAUGAGAGAGGUGUAUUACAAUCACUUCCUUGUCUGUUCUUCGGUUCUUUGCAGGCAGAAACCACUCAAGAGUAAAUCUAAAGGAAUAUGAUCAAGAACUUUUUUGCAGUGAGCUUCUGUUUAGUUCCGCCAGGUCUCUCAGAAGUGCCACUUUUAUGACUCUUCUAUGAAGGCUCUAAUCCCAAUGCUGCUUGUGGCGGGAUUUCAUUGCUUCAUGCAUUUCUUCUUCUUGUACUACUUCGACUCAGAAACGGCGAAGCGACGGAAAGCCAAAAAAGAACAAGAGGAAAGCAAGGAGAAAAAAUUUCCGUACUAAGACGACUAGUAACAAUGCAACAACAAGCUAGCUCAGCGGGUAGAGGUCGUCAGUGCGUUUUUCUAUUCUCUUCAGCAGCAUCCAGAGGACACAAAAUUAAUUAUUUUCCUCUCAUCUGUGAAGUAUUUUUUUCGACUAAGUAUCUAAGAUCACAACAAGGGUAUUUUCCACUCAGGUUUGCAGUCGUUGUGGGCGCGUUUACUCUCGGAGUUAUCGGAUACGAGUAUGGCGGAUGUUACGCCUGUGCUUUCAAGAAAUAUCUUGGUAUAAAAUCAGUUUUCUUAUUUUGGAUUUUGAUGUCAGUGUCAGUCGUGACUAGUACAGCAAUUAGUGUCGUUCUUAUUGCACUAGAGCUUCUUCUUCUAGUGCUUCAUGGAAGAAUUUUCCAAUGCCAGGCGUGACCACCAGUUUGAUCCAAGGAGUACCGGAAUCAGGGUUACCGCUUGGGGGCGAGUUAUGAUAUUGCUGGAAACAACUCGCAGUGUGGCAGAAGCAAAAUUGGCCACGGAAUACAAAUGAAGUCACACGAAGAUACAGCAGUCAGGCCGCAACCGUCCCCAAUUACAAAUUAUGAUUAUCUCUUCAAGAUUUUUGCUUUUCUUGGUGUCCGUCUCACAGUUCUGCAGGUUUUUGAAAAAAGCUGCCCUGAGGCAGUCUAAGACAAAAAUACAAAUACUUACUAGACGUGUAGCAUUUUGAUAUCCUUUCCACAGCAGACAUCAAGCUUUCGGUCAUCGAAGUCGCUGUCUAUCCAGGUGGCUCGCCGAUAGUCCAGUCCAUUCUCACUAUUGCUACAAACAGAAAACCCUCUGAAUUAGGCUUGACAAUCCGGUCUUCACACGAGGACUGUUCGGUCCAUUCUCACUAUGGCUUGACAAAUCGAUCCAAAGAAGGGAUUCCCGUUUAAUUCCAAUUUACUUAGAGAGUAUAUCAUCCCAAGAAGGGUCUCCAAUGAAUCUUAUGAACAAGUAGCGCGCAAGGAGAUGGCGCACAUUGAUCACGGGUACGCUGGUA